AAUAUUUCUUCUUCCAUAUGGAACCCCAAGGCCGAAGCCCUUCUCUGCUCUUCCUCAAACUCCCAUCUCUCUGCGUUUGCUCUGUAUCUAUCUGAAGUGUAUUAUUUAUUCUUUUUGGACGGAAAUACCCUUCUGUGGUAGCAAAAUUAUCUACCUUUUUGGCAUAUGUUUUUCUUUUUAAAGGUUUUUGAGGUCAUGGGGAGAGGAUACUUCUUUUUCUGAGGUGGAGACCAUGAUUUUAACAAAGCAAUAUCGUUGUAUACACUCAUCAAGCUGUCAAUGCACAAAAGGGCAUCUAAGUGAAGAUGCAAUUUUUUUAGUGUUUCAACAGCUGAACUGGAACCCUAAAUUGAUUGCCACCCUGUCAUGUGUAUGCAAAUGGUUUGAUGAUUUGGCCAAGCGAGUGUUAUGGAAAGAGUUUUGCCGAGCAAGGGCUCCAAAAAUGAUGCUUGAUCUGCAAUCUAGCGGAAGUCAUAGUGUUGAUGGCAAUUGGAGAGCACUUGGAAAAUUGCUUAUUUACUGCUCAGGAUGUAGCAAGGGUGGCCUGUUCAAUAGCAUUCAUAUCCCUGGUCAUUUUGUUUACAGGACUCGGUUUUCUAGAACUUCAGGGAAAAGUUUUCUUUUGCCACAAUGCAGAACAGAUGUUUUGUAUGUCUCUGACCCUUGUGAACAUCUUGAUCAAGGGGAAGAAGGUGAUGUUGGAUUUUUCCGUGGAAUUUUCAAGUCAUUCUCAAUGUCAAAGGUUAGGAAGAUGCUGAUUAAAAGGAAAGCCCUGCUUCAUCCAACAGAGGUGUGCCCUUAUUGCAAGGCAAAGCUGUGGAGCAUGCUGCAAGCCAAAAUGAUACCACAGAGUGCCAGCUGUAGGUUGGGUGCCUAUGAAGAUUGUGUUGAGUAUUAUGUGUGCCUCAAUGGACAUGUGCUUGGAAUCUGCACCCUUUUACCCUUGUCAGAUUCAGAAGAGGCAUCCGAGUUGGAGUGAUAGUUGGCAUAGUAAUCAGUCAUUGUUGCCAUGGAUUUUACUUCUCAUGGAAUUGACAAAUGUGGACGAGAUAUUUGAUAAGCUGUCUGGAGGCUGAAACCAUUACAAUCUCAUCUGAACUUUCAACUACGCUGCUUCCCAGUCUUACCCUGGCUAAAUGAUUCGUAGUGAAUGGUUGGAGGCUGUUUCUGACCAUCUUGUUUUAAUCAUCUAUUAAUUACUGUGAGCAUGUAGUACUGUGUACAUGUUAUGAGUGUCCCCAUAUAUAUAUAUAUAUAUAUAUAUAUAUAUAUAUAUAUAUAUCCAGAUAGCUGAUUGUAUCUGCAAUAAUUCGCACCUCUGUUUAUGAUUCAGUUGCUUCACAAUUCAGUUUGCUUGUUGCAAA